GGAACAGAAUGAACGACCACUCCCCCCGAUCUCUGGACAUUGAGCUGAGGGAGAAACUGAAGCGCUUCAAUGGAGGAAAGAACGUCAUUUGCUCCAAACAUUUACCCAGCUAGCUAAUUCAACUUUAUUUGUUUUGUUUUGUUACCAAAGUAUCUCGCCUUUCAUAAUUAUUUCAUUCUAGCGGGCAGCCGCUUGGCUGUCAAACAUGUAUCAAAAUCCCCACAGUCAGAGCAGAGAAUUCUUAAAAAGGGAAACAAUCGUGUGAAAUUCAGUUCUGAUUGCAUUUUAUCAAACCAAAUAUUAUAGCUAACGUUACGCAAAACAAAAAACACCAAAUCCAUUAUAUACCCAGAGCGAACUAUCUUGUCAGUCUGGAGUGGCGUCUGGAGAAGCAUUCAUUUCACUCCUGAAAACGUGGGGCGCUGAGUCAUGGGUGCGUUCCUGGACAAGCCGAAGACGGAGAAGCACAACGCGCACGGGGAGGGCAACGGGCUGCGCUUCGGGCUGAGCAGCAUGCAGGGCUGGCGGGUGGAGAUGGAGGACGCCCACACCGCCGCCCUGGGGCUGCCGCGCGGCCUGGACGACUGGUCCUUCUUCGCCGUGUACGACGGGCACGCCGGCUCGCGCGUGGCCAACUACUGCUCCAAGCACCUGCUGGAGCACAUCACGGCCAGCGAGGAGUUCCGCCCGGCCGGGGGCCCCGACCCGCCCGAGCCCUCCGUGGACGGCGUGAAGACGGGCAUCCGGGCGGGCUUCCUGAAGAUCGACGAGUUCAUGCGCAGCUUCUCGGACCUGCGCAACGGCAUGGACCGCAGCGGCUCCACGGCGGUGGGCGUGCUGCUGUCGCCCGCCUACCUGUACUUCAUCAACUGCGGCGACUCCCGGGCGCUGCUGUGCCGCGACGCGCGCGUCCGCUUCUCCACGCUCGACCACAAGCCCUGCAACCCGCGCGAGAAGGAGCGCAUCCAGAACGCCGGCGGCUCCGUCAUGAUCCAGCGGGUCAACGGCUCGCUGGCCGUCUCGCGCGCCCUGGGCGACUACGACUACAAGUGCGUGGACGGCAAGGGCCCCACGGAGCAGCUGGUGUCGCCCGAGCCCGAGGUGUUCGAGAUCGCCCGCGCGCCCCAGGAGGACGAGUUCGUGGUGCUGGCCUGCGACGGCAUCUGGGACGUCAUGAGCAACGAGGAGCUGUGCGACUUCGUCCGCUCCCGGCUGGAGGUGUCCCACGACCUGGAGAAGGUCUGCAACGAGGUGGUGGACACCUGCCUCCACAAGGGAAGUCGCGACAACAUGAGCGUUGUGUUGGUGUGUUUACCCAACGCCCCAAAGGUGUCGGAAGAGGCGGUGAAGAAGGACCUGGAGCUGGACAAGUUCCUGGAGUCUAGAGUGGAGGAGAUCCUGCAGAAGUCUGGAGAAGAUGGCGUCCCAGACCUGGUCCACGUAAUGCGCAACCUUUCCACAGACAGCAUACCCAACCUGCCACCAGGGGGCGGCCUAGCCAGCAAGCGCAGUGUAAUCGAGGCGGUGUACAGCAGGCUGAAUCCACACAGGGAAGAGGACGGGGACGCAGAGGGUGGCGAUGACGACGGCGGCACUACCACCGCCCACCUGCUGGAGGCGCUGCGGCAGUUCCGCGUCAGCCACCGGGGCGAGUGCCGCCUCCUCCUGGAAGAGGCGCUGUCCACCUACCGGCUGCCCAGCGAGACGGGCGCGCGCGAGGGAGCCCCCGGGAGCGAGCCGCCCCCCUCGCCCCCGCCGUCGCCCGUCAGCGAGCCCGAGGAGCGGCCCGAAGACACCGCAUGACCUCUGACCUCCGACCUCCCGUCAACCCCCUCCCCGUCCCCUCCAGACCCCCCCCGGCCCCGCCGUCGCCCGUCAGCGAGUCCGAGGAGCGGCCGGGAGACACUGCAUGACCUCUGACCUCCCGUGAACCCCCUCCCUGUCCCCUCCCGACCCCUCCCCGUCCCCUCCCGACCCCACCCGGCUCCCCGGGCUUCUAGUAUCUUCCAUGGCCACUGGGCCUCCUUGUUACCUUCUUAUUCCAGUGCAGGCUUUUGUUUACUGUGUCCCUCCCUGUGGAGGAGUGGGAGGGGGUGGAGGGGGGGAAUAGUCCUCUCAGUAUUUGGCCAAGAUUUCCAAAGUCACAGCCAAAGGGAACAAAUACAGGAGAAAGAGGAGAUUCAGGGUUUAUAGCUUAAUGUUGUAUUUACUCAGGGAACUUUCUGAAACGGUGACAAUACAGGGGAGGAGUGGCUGAAAGAUGUUUUGAAAGGUUUAUUUUUUGGUCCUUACUCAAAAGUUAGAGCAGAGCAAAUGACACCCUACCCAGCACCAUUCCUAAUAAAAAUCUGUACUGAAAGGUGAAAGGGUAAUAAGGAUGAACUUGGCUGUGCAUUGACACAAACAAAUAUAUUUAUCCUGUAGAUUACUUCUGCCACGUAGCUUUCCAUCUAUAUACAAACAUGAAAUUGUGCUUGUGAGCAAAUACAGACACUCUUAUUAUCUCUGUUGCCUUGCAGACAGAAUUGAGGACGUUAAGUCGGAUAUUAUAUUUAUGACUUACGCUGUAACAUGCAGCGUAAAGGCAAGUGUUAAAAAAAAAAGCCCCAAUAGCUAAGGGAUGGAUAGGGUCAGCAAUGGGAUACUAACUGCGUUUGUCUGUAUCCGAGAUAACGUUGCACAGUCUUACAUUGUCUUAGAGUAUUUGCUAAAGAGUGAAACAUGCGCAUUAGGCACUUAAACGGCACAUAUUGAAGAAAUGAGACGUAGAGAAUUAGAAAUGCAUGAUCUCAGAUGACUAGACGGAUUGUCCUUGGCUGACCAUGUGACUGUCUACAUGUCACAGCAACAGACUCCCAUCCCAUAAUGCAGUGCACGUACACAAUGCAUUCUGUAUACUCUUGUCCCCUGGCAAAUGUUAGAUGCAGUGACCUCUGGUGUGUGCUCCUGACGAGUUUAGGAGUGUGUGUGUGUGUGUGUGUGUGUGUGUGUGUGUGUGUGUUGCAGGUGUAUUGAGGAACAGGUGCAGGUUGAGGAACGGCCUCACCUGUUUGUCAUUCACAGUGCCGCUUGCAGUAAAUGUGUGUGUGCUGUGAUUGGCUGACUGGUAGCACUCUGGGUAAUUUUGGAAGGGUGUCGUUUCUGCCCAAAUGUUUAUGCGUCGGGUGAGGCAAGCUGCAGCACUCAUGCUUACAUGUUAUUCUAUUAAUAAAAUGCACUCUGUAUGUAUGUUGAUGUGGUGGUACUAGACUCGCCCUUGGACAGUGGUCGUGGAGAGCUACAGGGUGUGCUGGUUUACAUUAUUACUCUGCACUUAAUUAAUCAAUUACAGCAGUUGACUACACACUUAACUCACCUUACCUGAUUGCCUGGGUCUCAACAGGGUGCCGAUUUUAAGGUGAAAACAAAAACCAGCAGACCCAGUAGCUCUCCAGGCCCAGAGUUGAAGGCCACUGCUCUCGGGUCAGUGUGCACAUAAUAUAUGCUGACAGGACAUUGCUGUAAGAUUGUAUUACACUAUAGGGGUAAACGCUGAAGGUAAAUGUUUAGUGAGUAUAGAUUUCCUAAUGUAUGGCCGAGUUCAGAAUUCGUUCGAUGUUUUUAUUGGAGGGAAGUUGUGAAAGGUGCGUUUAGUCGACGCCUGUUCCUCCCACACAGUUCAGGUCUGGGUUUCUAUCAGCGAUUGUUCUGUUGCUUUUUCUUCUUCUUUCCGACUGCACCUUUCGGUUGUGGAGUGUUUCAGCUGUGUUCCGUGCUGCUGUGAAAAUGCAUUUUUCUGAACCAAUAAAACCCAUCAAACACUGAA